AUGGAGUCGUCUGCUGGAUCGGAUAGACAUAUGGGAGGUGAUGGAACAGGGAACAUCGACACAACGCCUCCGGUUAUGAAGGGCUCGUUGCGAAAGAUGCUCUCCAUACCUGAAUCGCUACGUAUCUUGACAGACCCGGCGCAAGAUUUAUUUUCGCUACCUACUACCUUUCCUUGCGGGCUGAAAUUGCCUCAACUGAGCCCUGACACGACCGAAAGAGUCUUUCCCAUCCGCUCAGUUGUCUCUGUUGAUUCCUCCACGCCAUCUUCUACGUUACAAACACCUUCGUUGGAAAGCUCAGAAAGACAGAUAUCUCCUUUCUCAGAAAUCUCCUCGACUUUCUCGACAAGAGACAGAUCCAACAGCCAGCCGAUAACUCCAGCUACUGACUAUACAAGCUACACGUCGCCUACGACCGAGAAUGGCAUGUCGGGUGACAGGUGGGGACGCGGCAUUCUUGCCAGUCCUGGGUCUUCCAACAGGAGAGACUUAAGCCUCGCCAAUCUGCAACACAUUCAACAAGUAGACAGAACAAUCGAGACGGCACAUAAGCUCAGAGACAUGUUGCAGGAAUCUCGGAAUGAAAGGGCUGUCUAUCCAUUCGGUGCACUGGUGGUACUGGAAGAGUCGGAAGGGCGGCUGGUUGUUCAUGCUUCCAGCAGAAAUACUAGAGAGGUCAUUGGCUAUACUCCUGGAGAGCUCUUCGCGCUGGAAUCCUUUUGCAAUAUCUUGCGACAAGAUCAAAAAACAACAUUCCUGAGUCACACGAAGUCUAUCGGAGAGAAGUGCUAUAACGUUGAGCAACAUGGUCCAGAUGUCCUCGAUCUGACCAUCACCACGCAAAACGAAGAGCCAAAGGACUUCUGGUGCACAAUUCAUGCUAACAAAGACAGCACGAAUUAUAUAAUUUGCGAGAUCGAGCCACAACAAAGCUCAUCAGACCGUCCUGGAGACAAAGAUUAUCCACAAUCUCAACGAACACAAAGUAAAACAUGGGUAUCCGCAACGCCACACGAAGAGACAGAUGACGCGUUUGAAGCUUUUGACGUAUUCAGGAUGCUAGGACAGAGCAAAAAUGGAUUCGAAUACUCAAACAUCCUCAAUGCAGUAUCGAGAAUUAUCCAGCUUACUUCGACUGCACAAUCUGUUGAUAUGCUGUUCAAUCGAGUGGUCAGAAUCCUCAAGGAGCUUACUGGGUUUAACCGAGCUACGGUGUACCGAUUCGACAGUGAUUGGAAUGGUAUUGCCGUGGCUGACCUUGCAGACCCGGCAUUGUCAGAGGAGACUUGCGAGGAUAUGCACUUCCUUGGCUCUAUGUUCUCCGAGGAUUUGCAAACGCUGCACUCACGAAACAAAGUUCGUUUGUCAUACAACCGCAGACAGAAUUUGCCUACUGGAUUGGUGUACAGAAAACCCGAUUCAGCAUCACAACUAGACACAAGCUUCUGUUAUUUAUCAAUGGAAUCACCAGCUCCUUUGGAGUUUCUUUCGCGCCGACCUCUGGAGGCAUGCGUUUCUAUAAGAAUCAAUGUCUUCGGAAAGCUCUGGGGCUUGGUAUCAUGCAAGUCUUACGCUCAAGGUGCCAGGUUAUUGCCUCCUUUGCAAAAGCUCUGCUGGCUCAUUAGUGAUACCUUGUCAAGCAACAUCGAACGCUUAUCUUACACACUGCCUUUCCAAUUGGUGCAGCAGAACUCCCCUAGGGAAGUCGACAAGAGGGAGACUGUUCCAGGAGUGGAUAUCCUUAGCUUGUUUGGCGCCGACUAUGCUGCUUCCUCAAUUAUGGGCGAAACCAAGAUACUUGGAAGACCAUUCGACUCAGGAGAGGUUCUUGCUAUUGUGGAAUAUAUGAGGGCGAGAAAGCUCGAUACAAUUGCUUGGUCGACGGAUGUCAACAAAGAUUUUCAAGACCUCCAUUAUCCCCCUGGUUUUCGAUAUGUGUCGAGUCUCCUUUUUAUUCCAUUGUCGGCUGAUGCUCGCAAUUUCAUCGUCUUUUUCCGCACCACACAAUGGAGAGAAAUGACGUGGGUUGGGUGCUCAAACGGGCCGGAACCAAGCUGUACCCACGAAAAAGGCCAUGUCCCGUGUAGACCAGAUGCAUGGUCCGCUGUAGACCAGGGAAAGGCUUCUGUUCUUUCUUUGAUAUACAAGACAUUUGCUGAAGUAUGGCAGCAGAAGGAGACAGCCAUGCAAAACACGCAGCUCAUGAAACUUCUCCUUGCGAAUUGUGCUCACGAGUUCCGGACGCCAUUGAACGCAAUAAUAAAUUAUCUGGAAAUAGCCCUGGAUGGCUCUCUGAGCCAGGAGACUCGCGAUAAUCUUUCCCGGUCGCAUUCGGCUUCGAAAUCGCUCGUCUACAUAAUCAACGACCUGUUGGAUCUGACGAAUGCGGAGAACGGACAAAGCCUGAUUAAGGACGAAGUCUUUGAUCUAUCCGGGACUAUCAAGGAGGCAACACAUAUAUUCGGAGAGGAGGCCAAACAGAAAGCCGUUGAGCUGAACAUUGUCCAACACACCGACCUUCCCCGUGUACUAGGAGACCAACGACGAGUACGCCAAGUUAUAAUGAACCUGAUCAGCAACGCUGUGCAACACACCACCCAUGGAUCAGUGGUCAUUGAGACUUGCCUUACUCCUGACACGACAAACUCCGACACCAUCGGCGUCGAAGUAGCUGUCCACGAUACAGGCUCGGGAAUGUCGCAAGAAGCAGUGGAAGCUCUGUUUUGCGAACUGGAGGAGGUAUCAAAUGAGGAUUAUUUACAAGACUCCAAAUGCUGCCGGAGUAAGGUUGACGACACCACGGGGACCAAGAAUGUUCUUGGCUUAGGGCUGGCAUUGGUUGCUCGUAUUGUCCGUACUAUGGACGGACGGUUGACUGUGAAGUCGGAGCAGGGAGUGGGAAGUUCGUUUAAGAUUAAGCUCAGAUUCCCAUUGCCGUCUGAGGAGCUGGCAGGUACAUCUGACGUCGGUGGCAGAGAACUUCGCAGGCAACUUCCAGCGGUAUUUGAAAAGAGUGAUAUCAAUCCUGCGGGACCCAAGUGUGAAAAUGAAUGCUCGAGUCGCUAUGGAGAGACCCAAGGUCAAAAGCUCAGCAGAGCCAAUAUUGAUAUUGCAAUGAGCACCGGGUCUUCUGAACUGGUUCACCAAUCCGUGAGCCCCGAACAUGAACAGCCUGAUUCUGCAGGAACAGAAUCAUCUAUUAUCAACACACCACCAUCAAAACCAGAUACAAUUCAUAAAAACCUAUCAAAACCGCGUGACUCGGUAGUCAUUUCAAGCGACGGAGUCACAAAGUCAGACCCAGAUUCAACAGAACAACCCGCAAAACCAUCGAGCACUGCUCAUCCUGAGCCAAAAUCCACUCUCCAUGUCCUAGUAGCUGAAGAUGACCAUAUCAACAGUGCAAUUGUACGGAAGAGACUCGAGAAACUAGGACAUACGGUGCAUUUGACUGUGAACGGGAAAGAAUGCGCCACAGCCUACCAAGAACGCCCUGAUUCAUUCGAUGCCGUCUUGAUGGACAUACAGAUGCCCAUCGUCGACGGCCACGGUGCCACGAAACUUAUACGCGACUAUGAAGAGUCUUGUGAUAGGAAAAUUCCCAUUUUUGCUGUGUCAGCGUCACUGAUGGAAAAGGACAAACAGACGUACAUUGAUUCUGGAUUUGACGGUUGGAUUAUGAAACCGAUUGACUUUCAGCGGCUGAAUCAUCUGCUUAGCGGUGUGUAUACAGAACACAUCCGCAAUGGCGAGGAUAGUAUCUAUAUCCCAGGAAAAUGGGAGAACGGUGGAUGGUUUGGGAAGCGUGAUAUAGCAUAA